ACGUUAUGAAUCCAAAUUAUCAGUCAACAUAAAUUUUCUCAAGGGGUUCCUCUGAAAUGCCUUUCUUGAGAAGACCAUUGAAUACCUGUUCAAGGUACGUGACUUGGAGCUAAUGUAACCUUACACAAUAUUAUAUUGACAUUUAGUCCCUCCCACUUGAAUAGAACAAACGAUUCAACCUAUUCGAAAAGAAGUCGAUGAGAUCUGAUGCUGACAAAAACUAUCAAAAACCCAGAAGUGGGGACGAUAAUUGACCGGAACAAACUGGAAUCUUUUGUUUGCUGAACUAUGUUCCUGACGCAAUGUGGAAAAGACCCAUUUUACAAAUUGGUUUCAUUCUCGAUAUCCAGAUAUACAACCCUUAUAACGAAACCUCACAAGUGUGAAUCCUGGAUAAGUCUGAGACUUGUCCGACAGAAAUCUCAAGAGUUUUCUAUAAGUAGUAGUAAUAAGAAGUAUCCACAUGAAUAUAAUUCUGAAAUUGCUACAUCUCUCUUACGCCACGCUUGUAGAAAAAUGUCCACCAUUGAUGAGAUUGACAAGAGUAUGGCCGAAACAAAAAAAAGUCUCCUCACCGAAAUAUCAACACCGGUUCUGGACUCCAACGAUAGAGUUACAAUUGUCGGAGGUGGUCAAGUUGGGAUGGCCUGUGCAUUCACCAUAUUAACUCAGGGAAUAUCUAGCGAUGUGGUUUUGAUCGAUGUUGACGAGAAAAAAAUGCAAGGGGAGUUGCUGGAUCUUCAGCAUGGUUCGCUAUUCUUAAGGAAUCCUAGAAUAGAUGCUGGAAAAGACUAUGCCAAAUCUGCAAAUUCCAAGAUAUGCAUCAUUACUGCUGGAGCUCGACAAAGAGAGGGAGAAUCAAGACUGAACUUGGUACAAAGGAACACAGAUAUCUUCAAGACCAUCAUUCCUCAACUAGUCAAAUAUUCCCCAGAUACGAUAUUUUUGGUGGUGAGCAAUCCCUGUGAUGUCUUGACAUACGUAACCUGGAAAAUUAGCGGAUUUCCCAAAAACCGAGUCAUAGGGAGCGGCACCAAUUUGGACUCGUCCAGAUUCAGGUUUUUGCUCUCUCAGAAGCUAGGAGUAGCCCCUAGCAGUUGUCAUGGUUACAUCAUUGGGGAGCAUGGAGACAGCAGUGUUGCUGUAUGGUCUGGUGUGAAUGUUGCUGGCGUCUGUUUGAGAGAACUCAAUCCCGAAGCUGGGACCGCAAAGGACGAAGAGAAAUGGAAAGAAAUCCAUAAGCAAGUCAUCGACGGAGCCUACGAAGUCAUAAAAUUGAAGGGUUAUACUUCUUGGGCCGUAGGAUUGAGUGUAGGAUCGAUUGUCAGGAGUAUUUUACGAAACUCAUCUGAACUGCAUGCCAUAUCGGUUAAUGUUAAGGGUAUUCAUGGAAUCAAGGAAGAGGUAUUUUUAUCACUGCCAGCGAUUCUGGGUAAAAACGGAUUGACCAAAAUCGUCAAACAGAAAUUGGAAGAAGUAGAACUACAGAAACUUCGCGAAUGUGCAAAGAUGAUAAACGAAGUUCAAUCAGGAUUAGUCAUUUAGAAAAUUAAAUUUAACCAAUUUUAACUAUGAAGCAUCGAUGCACUUAUUUAGAUAUUGCUCCUAAGUUUUUCUUCAUGAUCUUUAGUUCCUAUGGAUGAAAUGACUAUUUUAUCUCUUUAAGAGACCAAAUUAUUUGUGUAUAAGUUAAUUUUAGCAGGUAUAUCUUUAUAUUUAUACAAUUAAAAUAGUAUUUAUUA